AUGCACCCUCCCCUAGUCCCCGUGCGACUAUGGUCCAUGUACCUGUGCAAUAGCAAUCAACAAACCUGCUCGACCGCGGUCGAUGGCCCCACAAGAGAAGCAGACCCGCAAGUAAACAUCAAGCAGUCGCGGCGCGAACUUAAGUAUGCGCACUCCCGUCCAAUUCUUCUCCUCGCCACUCCCUCUCCUCGCCUCUCCAUGGAGUCGCGCGAGCCGCACGACGGAGAAGCGAAGGAGAAGGAAGAUGAGGAAGAGGAGCAGAAGGACGAUGAAGACCGAGGAGAAGAGGAGGAGGAGCUCGGUUUCUUUGAUGCCGUCGAAUUCCUCCCGGCGCCCCACGAGGAACCUCCCACGGACUCCCCUUCCCUUCCCCCUCUUGAAUCUACUUCCGCACUCUCCUCGCCAUCUCCUUCCGAUGCACCCUCCCUCCUCCGCCGACGCCGCUGCCGCCGCACUCCCUCCGCGUCGAGCGAUCAGAUCGUUGGCUCCUCCUCCGAUCCGCGACGGAACAUCCUUCCCGCAUCCGAAGGCCCGGAAAUCGAUUUGGGUUCUUCCUCGAUUCCUCCGGGCCAGCUUGUUGAUCGAGGGGAUGGGCGACCGGAAACCUCAAAUCUUGACCGCGAAAGAGGCGUUACCGCAGACGGCGACGGAACCCGCCGGCGACUGGGAUUCUUGGGAUUGGUGGCCGAAGCUGUAAUUAUGGCUGUAUUCUAUUUCGUCGCUCUGCUAACUGGCCUCUUCAUAUUACCCAUUAGGUUAUUUCGCACCGCUUACCGUAUCGUCACGGAACCUUUUCACGUUCUUCGCAGAGGGAGGGACGCGGUGAGGUUGAGAUGCUAUCGAUUUUUCAGAGCCUUGUUCGAUAGGGUUCACCCUUGGUUACUUGGGAACCGUAUUGGACCGCAGCAAGCUUGGAAUUGGCUGGUGAGGCUGGCAAAAGGGUGCUUCUGGUCUCUGUACGUCUGCAUCGUUCUGUCUUCUCUUGUUGCAACCUCUUCCUUGGCGGCAUUUCUGAUCGUGCUUCACGUAGUGGAAGCGCCCAUACGGAUGACUGAGGAACUGAAUUUUGAUUACGCCUUGCCCAGACCCCAAGCCCUUGUGCCGAUAACUGCAUUGGAUGGUUGUUUGGUUUCUGAUGACAAGAUUGAUGAUCUUGAAGUUUUACGGCUGGUGCCUCCGAAGCACAAAUUGCAGCUGGCCAUUUUAUUGACUUUACCAGAGUCAGAUUACAACAAGAAACUUGGGAUCUUCCAGGUCAGGGUGGAAUUAUUGACUCCAGAUGGCAAUGUCUCAUCUAGCUCAUGGCGUCCAUGUGUGCUCCACUUCAAGAGCUUUCAGUUUCAAUUAUUAGAGAUGUUCCUCAAAUCUGUGUUUAUGUUAACUGGCUAUUCUUCCGAGUCACAAGUUCUUAUGGUACAAAUGAAUGGACUUACUGAAGGAAGAAAACCAACAGUAUGCAUUAGGGUGACUCUAGAACAGAGGGCAGGAUAUGGGGCUGGUGCCGGUAUUCCCGAAAUUUAUUCUGCACAUAUGAAACUUGAAUCCGAGCUUCCUCUGGUCAAGAGGAUUAUCUGGAACUGGAAGAUAACUUUGUUCAUCUGGACGACUAUGGCAUUGUUCAACCUGCAGCUCCUUACCUUACUUUUAUGUUGCAGACCCAUUCUAUUUCCUAGAGUAAGGAGGGUUGAUUUGCCAGUGACUCAUCCACCAUCUGGAGGUAACGGCCAUCCACCAUCGGCAGCAAUAUAGAGAUUCGUCUGCUGCCAUUUUGACUGCUCGAUUGUCAGUCAACUUAACAGGGUUACCCUUCAGAUUUAUCCACGAAUACUUGGUGUGUAAAUAGCUUGUCGAGUUCAACUAUUUCAAAGAUUAGAUAUGUUCACAUCUGGUAUGUUCUUCGAUUUACAUAGUUCCACACAGAAACAACUUAUAGUUUAAGAGAAAGUGUUUGCAAUUUUAUUUUCUUUUCUUUUCUUUUCUUUUCUUUUCUUUUCCUUGUUCUACAUGGAGAUGAUCAAUCUUUUAACCUUGGGAUUUCAUCCAAGUGCAUAACCGUCUGAGAUACAUGUAAGCGACUGCAAUUAAUUUCACAUUGUUGGUCUUUCAUUCUUAUUCAGUG